GUCCUCUCACACCUCUCCGGGCUCAGUACUGAGGCUGGAAGUGACGACAUUCGGGGCGGCCCGUGCUCUGCCUCCUGCGGGUGUGAGGGGUACAGCGGGGAGAGCCAUAGGCAGGAGCCCGGUCAUACUACACAGGCGGACACCGGACACGGGAGUACUCGGGCCGCCGCCAUGUCUAUGGAGGAUCCGUUCUUCGUGGUGAAGGGGGAGGUGCAAAAAGCUGUGAACACCGCACAGGGCUUAUUUCAGAGGUGGACUGACCUUCUCCAGGACCCUUCCAUCGCUACCCGGGAAGAACUGGACUGGACUACCAAUGAGCUGCGCAAUAACCUGAGGAGCAUUGAAUGGGAUCUUGAAGAUCUUGACGAGACCAUCAGUAUUGUAGAAGCCAAUCCCCGCAAGUUCAGUCUGGAUCCUGCAGAGAUGAGGCAGAGAAAAGCUUUUAUCAGUGAAACGCGGCAGUGUGUUAAGGAAAUGAAGGAUCAGAUGACCACUCCAUCUGUUCAGGCCCUAGCCGAAAAAAAGAAUCGGCAGGCUCUUUUGGGAGAAGGGACGAGACAGGGCUGGAAGUCAGAACCAGACAAAUACAAAGGGUUGGACCAGGAGAUCCAGUCAGCCAACACUCAGUUUCUUGAAGGACAAGUGUCACAGCAACAGAUGAUCAUGGAACAACAAGAUGAAGAGUUAGAGUUGGUAUCUGGAAGCAUUGGUGUGCUGAAGAAUAUGUCACAACGCAUUGGCAAUGAGCUGGAUGAGCAAGCAGUGAUGCUCGAUGACUUCUCACAUGAAUUAGAUACGGCUCAUUCUCGCAUGGAUAACGUUCUGAAGAAGCUGGCAAAGGUGUCGCACAUGACCAGCGAUCGGCGGCAGUGGUGUGCCAUUGUUGUGCUCCUGGUACUGCUCCUGGUGGUGCUGAUCCUGUUUUUUACGCUGUGAUGUGAACACUAGCGCCUUCCGUUGGACAUACCAUAAAUACGUUUUAUUUUUUAUUUUUCCAAUGAACAAGGAUGUUUUCUGACGUGUGAAGUGGCAUUGCUGUGACAAGUGGGCAUUUUGUGAUGUAUAUGACAUUUUGGCUGGAAGCCGUGACAUCAUCUACAUACUGCUCAGACCGCUGAUGGCACUACAGCGUUUUGGGGUGGGGGUGGGGGCUUGUACCACGAGCAGAGGGCUCUUCCACGCGGCUCCCUGCUAUUCUCCAGGCAGAUUACUCGCUGGAUUACUGAUGCAGUGUUUUUUGUCUGUGUCACAUCUGCCUCAUUCUCUCUUUCCAAAGGAGCCAUGCCCAGUCUUGCCUGCCGAGGGGAUCUGAAGCAAAGCGGAGACCACAGAGUCCUUGUGUUUGCGCAGUGUUUCUUUUUAUUUUUUAUAUAUAUAAGGGGAAGCCUAACCACACGGGAAGCGCUGGUUCUGCGCAGAGAUCUGCUUAGUAACUGGUUUAUUUCUAGGACUCUGGAAUAAAUUACAGGGCCCCGCUCCUGUUUCCGGGAGAAUCCAGCCACACGAUGUUUACAGCUGACAGCAUUGAGGUUGACUGGCUUUAUAUUUUGCAGGAUGGUGUAGAAGGUUAUGUAACGCUUCUGCCCCAGCUCUGCUACAUCUCAUUAUACACCCCCCCCCCCUUCCAAACCGGCCUUCUGCAGGUACUGAAGGAGAACCUUACCCUCUGGCUAUCCAUAGGGGUUUGCAAUGCAUUUCGUUCUCUGCAAUGAUAGGAAGAUGAUCACUGGAACUGUUCUGCAUCUUCAAAUCAGCGUCGUGAACAUGGAGAGUCUUAACCACUGUAUUAUGAAGGCCUGUGAAAGACCAAUGUGAAUACUACUGAACCUGCUCUGUGAUUUUAUGACAGACAGGCCCUUUGUGUUGUCUCGUACUCCUCAAGCCCCCUCUCCACAUCAUGGUCUUUUGUCUUGAAGCUUCUGUCUGUAGCCUGCCUUGUGUUUUUAUGUCUUUGUUUUACUGAAUGCGGUCUGUUCCUGUCGGGUUGUACCAUAUGUGUCGUUAUUAACCAUUUUCUAUUGAACCAAACGCUAAAUGAAUUCCAAAACGCUGGAAAUUGUUGUAUUGAAAUCCUUGAGGUCCCUUUUGGUCUUUUUUUUUUUUUUAACAGACCCAAAUCCAGAGUCAAUGCAUAAUGUUUUUAAUAUUCACCACAUUGCUUCAUGGUGGGUGAACUGAUUGGAUUCUAAGAGCAACCUUAGGCAGUAUGGCUUGGUGCUAAUACUAAGAGGAUUUGCUUUAUGGUCUAAAG